CUAGCAACAUAUCUCAGACCGCACCAAGCUUAGACCUGGAACACACGCUCAUUCGUCAUUUCGUCUACCCAUGGACACUGCGUCGUUUCCUCGUAUUCAUGUGGAAAGAACUUUGGCGCUCAUUAAGCCAGAUGCAUUUCACAAGAGUGAGGAAAUUGAGGACAUCAUUCUAAGAAAUGGCUUCUCUAUUUUGCAGAGGAGGAAACUGCAGAUGACUCCAGAACAAUGCAGUGACUUCUAUGCAGAACAUUAUGGAAAACUCAACUUUCCCAGCUUGACUGCCUACAUGAGCUCUGGUCCAAUCAUUGCCUUGACUCUUGCCCGAGACAAUGCGAUAGCCCACUGGAAAUCAAUCAUUGGACCUGCUAGGAUCACAGAAGGUCACAUAGAAUGCCUUAGAGGAAAAUAUGGCACGUCUGAUCUGCAGAACGCUCUCCACGGCAGCGAGUCAUUUCAUGCUGCGUCCAGAGAGAUCAAAUUCAUGUUCCCAAACACUUUGAUUGAGGCCUUUCCCACAAGAAAAGAAACUGAAGAAUACCUGAGUCGAUAUGUGAAUGAAACAUUGCGCCACGGACUCACCGAGCUCUGCAAACACAAACCACUCAACCCAUUUGUUUGGCUCGCUGACUGGCUCAUCAAAAACAAUCCAAACGGGCCUCAAAUAUGUGAUGGAGCCUUACAAAAGAAGCAAAAUGACUGACAAAAAAGGGUUCAGAUCUUUUUUUCGAGUUUCACACUUUUGACCAAAAUCUGGCAUGGGCGGCGCCUUGCUCAAGGACACUUUGACGUGAUGACUGAGCUUGGGGAUUGACCGUACCACCUUCAAGUUGUGAGUCUAUCACAUUUGAUAUGUGAUUUCACAGGUGACUCAUUGUUUUAAAUUACAAGCAUUUGUUUUCAGUCUUAAAAAUGAUGAAUAAAUUGUGUUGAACAAA